AAAUGCGCAUGCGCAGCAGCAUUUAAUCUCCCUACCGAGUUGACUCGCAACACCUUUUGACAGCUAAAAGAAGUUUUGUCCACACUAGUUAGCUACUCCUUUGGCAUUAAGCGUUCACAUCAGGCGGUGUUUGUUUUCUUUGCUUCACCGUCCGCACCAGGAAGUGACUUUAGUGACUGUGUUUAGGUGAAAAGGUGGAGAAGUGAAGCUAGUUCCGCCUUGCCUUCUCUGUGAAUGGACCGAAACGACAAGUGUCAGAAGUGACCAGGGGACAAAGAUACACGGGAAAAACUCGACUCCUGACUUCUGGAGAGCUUCCCAGCGACAGACAAAGGGAGGCCCCUAAUUGCUUUGCUGCCAAGCUGUCCUGCUGGAACCAGGACUCACAGACAAACUGCAAGGACAGCAUUACGGGGGAACAUUUCAUCAGUGAUCGAUGAGCAUCGUUAGAGGAGCUGCUACCUGCUGAGUUCAACACUGUGAUGGAAAAUCAUGAUGAUGAUGUCGACCUGCAGAGCAACACGGCACAGAGCGAAGAAGGGAGCUCUGGGGGAGGAUCGCCUCAAACAAAGCGAAAAGGCAAGUUCUCCAAGAUGGGCCGGAUCUUCAAGCCGUGGAAGUGGAGGAAGAAGAAGCAGAGUGAAAAGUUUGCGCAGACAUCAAUAGCCUUAGAGAGGAAGAUUUCUGUGAGGAAGAGUCGACAGGAGCUGAUUGCCCGGGGGGUUUUAAAGGAUAUCCCAGAAAACGAGAGCAACGAUGUGAACCACUCUAAAGCUCCACCAGUGAAAAAUGGACACCCUGUUCCCAUGGAUGUGGACAGGGUGUCAGAGGCAGGUACCAGAGUGUCCCGAGGGGAGUCGGACAUUAAGGGGAAUGCCCUCAGGCCGCCCCAAGCAGAUGAACGCCGCAGCAGAGCACCAUCCGAUGCCUCCCGGAGUAACCGGGCACCUUUGGAUGUGGACUCUCACGCACGGCUCUCAGUAGACCCGGACAGGAGAAGCCGUCUGCCAUCAGAUGUUGAUAAAAGAGCUGGAUCCUUACCCAGAGGACCUCCGCAAGAUGACAGAUACCGCAGGGAAGAGCGGAGAGAUGCCAGGGAUGACAGGGAGGACAGUCGAAGGAAGAACAGGGAGGACGUGGAGAGAAGAGAAGACAGAGACUUCAGAGAAAGGCGGGAAUGGAAGGAGGACAGAGACAGGAGGGAUGAAAGGCCAGAGAGAGAAAACAGAGAAAACAGAGAAAGGAGAGAUCGAGACGAUAGGGAUAGGAAGGACAGAGACGAGAGAGAGCGCAGAGACAGAGACGACCGGGAAAGGAGGGAUCGGGACGAGAGGGAGCGCAGAGAUCGAGACGAUAGGGAAAGGAGGGAUCGGGACGACAGGGAGCGCAGGGACUUUGAGGAGAGGGAAAGACGAGAUCGCGAUGACAGGGAGAGGAGAGACAGGGGAGAUGAUAGGGAUCGAAGGCCUGAGAGGGAAAGGAGAGAUGACAGAGAGAGAGAUGACCGGGAGAGAAGAGACGUACGAGUAGAUAGAGAUGACGGGGACCGGAGGGAUGACAGAGACAGGCGAGAGGACAGAGAGAGGAGGGAAGACAGGGACAGACGGGAAGACUGGGCCAAGAGAGAUGAGAGAGAGCGACGGGACGAGCAGGAGAAGAGAGACGAAAAGGACAGGAGAGAAAAGCCUGAGCCUCAGCGGCCCGUGGAGGACUCUCGAUCUGUCGUCAGGCCGGUCUCUGAGAUUGACUUGAGGCCGCCUCUACAGAAGAGCUCCUCUGAGGAAAGCAAGAAAGUCCGCCCAGCCUCAGAGUCUGACAAGAGGAGCACCCUGCCCCGAUACAUGCCGGCUGCAGAUUUCAGGGAGCGCUCAGAUUCUGCAGGUGUCCGCUUCGCCUCCAACCCUCAUCCAUCAAAAGACCCCCAGCAGGAACCUCCCCCACCCAAACAGGCCCUUCUCCCCCCGAAAAUUCUCAACAACGAGUCCGGCAGAAGUCCGACCCCAUCCUCCUCCUCUUCAUCCUCCUCCUCCACCUCCUCAGCUUCCCUUGCUCCCGUAGCCGUGGCAAAGCCUCCCAGGACAGUCUCCCUCAUAGUGGAGGACCCGUCUCGGCUCCACUACCCCGCUCCUUCCUCAGCCGACUCUAACACGCCGCCCCCCGUUCCUCCUCAUGCCAAGCAGCCUCCUGUCCCUCCACCCAAACCCUCCAACCGCAACAGCAACCCCGCACUGCUCGCCUCCUCAUUGAACAGGGGCUCUAGGGUCAGGCAGCCUUGUUACUGGACCAGCUGGAGACGGCAGAGCGAGCUCGGCCUCUACCUCUCUCUGCCUGUAUACAUGCGGCACAGGGGCUGCCAGACCUGCUCAGCGGAGCUUUCACAAGCUGGCAGUGGUGUCGUCAUAGUGCCAGCGCCUGCUAAGCGCUCUCCACCGACACCACCCAAGAGGAUGACACCCGUCACCAAGCGCCAUGCUGUGGACCCUUCUCCUGCAAGUCAAGCAUCCGAGUCUCCCACCACAGAAUCUGCUCCUGUACUGGCGCCCCCUGCUGCACAGAAAGGGGACAACAGCGAGGAAAAGACCAACACACCAGCUCCCAAGACCUUCUUAGAGUCUCUGCCUGCACCUCCGUCCCACAUACCUCCGUCUCCUCCCAGAGUUCACUCGCUCCAGCCGCCAAACUCUUCUUCUUCCUCUGGUCCCGUGCCCACUAUUCAAGCUGAUCCCCCCAGCCCCACCACGGAACCCCCCAGCCAGCCUCCUGCCAUCCCCCUUCACAUCCUCAUCCAGAGAGCCCUGACCAGCCCCGGUCCAGCUCAGCCCAAUCCAGAGGGCUCCCAGAGGGCUCACUCUCUGCUGUUUGAGUCUCCGCCAGAGUUUCUCAACGAGUCUUGGGGUAACCCACGCAACUCUCUGCCCAUCACCAUCGAGCCUCUCAAGCUACCAGAAGACGAUGACUUCGACAUCGAGGAGGAGAUGAGGAAGCAGCAUCCUCCGAGAUCGUCUCGCCAGACGGAGCUGGAGCCCCGCAGCAGGAGGGGCUUAGUGGGAGACCCCAGAGUGAGUGUGAUCCACGAGGGAGGAGGUCCCGGGGGCAGCGAGGAAGAGUCUGACUCUGACGGCCCCAUCCUGUACAGAGACGGAGAUGAUGAUGACGAUGAGGAUGCUCCCAUCAGCGGGCUGGCAAGCAAGAUCAAAAGGAAGGACACGUUGGCCCUGAAGCUGGAAAGAGAAGAAAGGAACGCCCAAGAGAACCACGACAUGAGCUGGCAGAGCAGGGAGCAGUGGUUGGCUGUGAGGAACAGGAUCGGCACCACGCUGACACGGCGGCUGAGUCAGAGACCGUCUGCAGAUGAGCUGGAGCAGAGGAACAUCCUUCAAGCCAAGAACGAGGAUGAUCGACGAUUAGAGAGAUGUGAGAUCAAACGGAGGCUCACAAGAAAGCUCUCUCAGAGACCCACUGUGGCUGAGCUGCAGGAGAGGAAGAUCCUGCGCUUCCACGAGUACGUCGAGAGCACCCACGCCCACGAUUAUGACCGACGGGCUGAUAAACCGUGGACCAAACUCACACCUGCUGACAAGGCUGCCAUCCGUAAGGAGCUCAAUGAAUUCAAGAGUUCAGAGAUGGAGGUUCACGAAGAGAGCAGGAUCUAUACCAGGUUCCACCGACCUUGAGCGCCUACGCUCACCAGCAGAGCACUACAGCUGGGAGGAGAAACAGGGGUACAAGUCUCACUCCUCCUCCUCCUUCUCCCUCUCUGAACUGAACAUGUGGCUCAUUUGGUUCUUUUCAAACUGACUGCCUGCUACCCUGCUUCAGCUUUUUGUCCGGUCACUGGAACCAAAGUGAGGGAGGAAGCAGCCACGAGUCAGCUCACAGAUUUUCUCCAGGGUCCAGGUGGAGUUUGUUGUUGGGGCGUCUUUCAUGGAGGUACCUGUUGCCAACACUACACGAGUUAAAAAACACGUCCCUCUUCUUCUACUGGGGUGUGAGGAAGAGUUCGCUGGAGCUGCAUCGGAGAGGUCUCACACUGUGUCCCUCGGGGGAAACCACUCUCACCGCGCCUUUACCUGCCUUCAUGUUGGACUUUUUAUGAGACUAUGCACAUUCAGACAUGAUUGUAGUUCUAACACUGUCCGUGGUACCACCAUGCUAGACUUUGUACACUUCUUCUUCUUUAAAUAAAGGUACUACAGAGGUC